AAACCAAAACAAACGAAAUUGACGUUUCUUUCUGGUUUUUGUGCAGAGAAGCCGAGCGAGAAAUUAUUUCGCUUCUAAAUUGGAAAUAAAUUGUGAUUAUCAUUCUUUUUGGAUGGUUUCCAAAACUGAAUUGUUUACAUUCCGUGAAUCGCGUUUCCCUUACGACCAGUUUCUUUGUGUCGCGCACCUGAAAUCUGUAUGAUCGACAUUUUUGAUUGCACUUUUAGUUAUAUUUGGUUUCCUUGAAUUUCGUUGUGAUAAGUGACACUUUCCGUUUAAAUGGAGACUUCAGACCCAGAUAGUGCAGUUCCGCGUGAUAUGGAUGAUAGUGGAUGUGUGCAAGAUGAGUCACCAACUAAGAUGGAGGAGCCGCCUCCAGCCCGGGUGAACCUGCUGGACCUGUCUGAUGAUGUGCUGCUCUGCAUCCUGCGCUACUGCGAGCCGAGGGACUUGAAGGCGCUCGGGUUCACCUGCGCCCGCCUAGGCGAACUAAUCCGUGAGCGCUCCCUCUGGCGUCGCCUGGUGGAGCGGUCGCAGAGCACGGGGCGCGCGCGCCUGCGCUGGUACCUGCGCCGCGUGCUAGGCCCGCAGACGGAGGCCAUCAGUCUGAGGGGGUACGCCGCCGAUGUGGUCACCGCAUCUGUGGAACAAGACGACCCAGUCCCUGCCCCCGCACCCGUCCCCGCCGAACCGCGCGCGGGAGGGAGUCGCGAUGUUGAUGUGCCAGCCGCUUACCUCGGAGAGCCCGCGCACCCGAUGCGGCUGCCGGCCACCUACUGCAUCCGCGGGACAGACAGCAGGCAGAUGCCACGAAUCACAUGGACGGACGCGGACUCCUCCAGCGGCGUGCGCUGGAGCGUCUCCCGCCCGCUGCUGCAGCAGCUGACGGCGCGCUGCCCGCAGCUGACAGUGCUGGCGCUCGACUACUGCAACCUAGACGCAGCCGAGAUCAACCUGUCCCAGUUCCCGCGCCUGCUGCGCUCGCUGUCGCUGGAGGGGGUGAAGUGCUACAACCUGCCCGUCGACAAGUCCUUCAUGUUCCGGGUCCAUGAUUACCUGCCGCUUUUGGAGUCAGUGAACAUAUCCCUGUGCGCCUGGGUAUGUGGAGCCGCCCUACUCCCACUCUCAAAACUACGCUCCCUGCGAGUCCUCGCAGCGCGGGGGUGCAAACGACUGGCUGAGUUUGUGGCUUAUGCGAGUUUGGCUGCUAGAUACGGGUUUAGGAAUUUGAAGGUACUAGACGUGCGUGGGUCUCCUCUGGCGGACUCAGAAGUCUCCGCCUUCGGCUGGCUGCCGCUCCUAGAAGAACUGUACUGCUCCGUGCAACAGCCGGAUCCGCCGCCACUGCAGAACGCGGAGGUCGAACCUGAACUCUGGUCCUGGGAGAAAGAGGAACCUGAAUAUUUAAAAGAGCCGCUCCUCCCAGAAGACCCGCUCCCCCCGCUCCCCCCGCGCACCCCGACCCCUCCCCCCGCGCCCCGCCACGCCCCCGCCAGCGCGGUCACCAUCACGCUCAACCGCAGGCAGGUGGACGCGGGCCAUAGUGACGCGCAUCCAGUCGGUAAUGCUGACGUACCAGGUAACAAUGAGAUGGGUAGUGGUGAGGAAAUGAAAGUGGAAAGAGAUCACGGUGACGGUAAAGAUGAAAUGAUUGGUGGUGAUAAUGAGGAAAUGAAAGAAGUGGAAAGAGAUGUAAAGGAUGUGGUAGAAGGACCAGAUGUGGAGAUGGAUGCUGUAGAAAGCAAUAGAGAAAUUGAAAAAGUGGAGGGUGAUGCAACAGAUGAUGCAAAAGCUGAUAACGUAACAGGUGAUAGUAAAGCGCCAGAAAUACCGGCAGAGCAAGAUGAUCAACAGGCUGGUGGUGUAAGCCAAGAAGUGGUAGAAGAGAAAGCUAAGGACCUUAGAAUAGACCCUGGUGCAGAGAAUGAAGAAAUGGAAGUGGAACCUAGAGAUCUCCGAAUAGAUAGUAAUCAUAAUGAAAAUGACCGUAAUAAUGAUAACACUCCUAUAAUAGCGGCUACAAUAAAUCAUAUCGAUAAAAAUCAUACAGAAGAAUUAUCUGAUUCAAAAAUGCACGAAGCUGGUCCUAGUAAUAGUGAAGCUGCAGAAAAUCUAGAUAUCCCAGGUCCAAGUUACGCAAAUCCACCAGAAGUUAAAGACCUAAGUACGGUCCGCAACGGUUUAAAACGCAAACCAGAUGUAGAUGUGUACGAUUAUGAUGACGAUGACGAACCAGCAGUUAAGAAGCCAUACGGAAGCAAAGAUGGCGCGUCAACUUCUAAUGGUACCGUUCAGAAGUUUGUAAAAUUCCGUCGAAAUUGUCCACCAGUUGUUAUUACUAAGUCGGAGAAUGGAGAGGUGAAAGAAAAUGGACUUAAUCUUGUCAAGAAAAAGCAGAAUGGCACUGCUAUUGCGAGUAAUAAUGAAGAAAAUGGUGAUAAAACACAAGAAGUCGAAAAUAUGGACGAAGGCGACAAAAAGGACGAAAUAAACGCUAAUAACGCUGUAGAGAACGGUGAAAAUCAAGAGCAGAACGCCAACGCAAUAAUAGAAGCGAACCAAAACGGAGAAGUCAACAUACGGAACCCUAGACACGUGAUCAUAGCACCAGUCGAACAACAGGACAGAGAUGACGCUCAGUUAUUGAUAGAUCCACAUCGCAAUGAAGUCAUAGACCGACCACGGAACCCUCCUGAAUACGAGAUAAUAGAACAAGCACCACCAGUACAAAGAGUUGAGGAAGCGAACAACAGAUACCAUGUACUAUACGUGAAUGUGGGCAGGCAAUUGCAUGCAGUCUACCAACUAUCAGCCGAUUUUGAAGUCCCACCGAACAGACAAAUGCCUGACCAAGAACCGAGGUUAGACAUUCGCAAUAUCUACCGACAAAUGCGGUUCCCUUACGUCAGAAAUGUCAUCUACGGACCGCCAACCCCACAUAUAGACCCUAGCUCUCUAAUAACCGAUUCAGCAUUGCGAAGAUUUGGAAGAUCUGACGGCGAAGAUAUAAAUUAUGUGCACAUUGGGAUCCCAAGGCCUGGUGAUGCUAGCACAGAAAGACCAAGUAAGUCUAGGCUAAGAAUACUGGUAUGCACAGGUUACAGCGGCGUGACCAACUCGAGUUUGAGUCAUUUGGCGACAGCAGCGCCAGAUUUGACUCUGGUGGACGUGACCGGUACUAAAGUUAACGAGCAAGGGGUCGAGGCGUUUAGGAUUCUGCGCCCAGACUGUCAAGUUUUGUAUGGGAAUAAUACCUAGCGGUUUAGUAUGUUUUUCUGGUUGCCGGUGACUGCGGAUUACCGGGUGGUAAUACCUGCGAGUCUAAUAGCUGUGAUAAGGCUGCUGUUGGGAGUGGACUUGGCUUGGUCACAAAUGAUGAUGAGGGGUUUAUCACCGUGAAAGAUUGGCCAGUAUUGGUGACAAAUAAUAGUGCCUGGUCUUGUCACCGUGGUGGAUUGGCCAAGGUAAAUUGUGAAUGGAUGUUUAUUAUGUGAGUGAUUUGGUGAUAACAUAAAGACUAGUUAAAAAUAUGUACAUAAUUUGUGAGUGGUUUAAGUUGAAUUGUAAAAUGUUACUUUUCGGGUUUCGCAAACU